GCCGCCUCUCCUUGCCCCGCAGCGUGGGGUCCGGAUCCCGCUCGCCUGCCCGCGGCCGUGCCCCCCUCCCGCUGCUCGGCGCCCCGCCGCGCGCUGCCCCCUGAGCGAGCUCGGCGCCCCCAGGUGCCAUGGCCUGCAAGCUCGGAGGCUGCAAGACCAUCGUGGCCGUGGGGCUGACGGGGGUGCUCUGCACGGUCCUGGGCGGGGUGAUGAUCUUCAUGGUGCCCCAGCUCAUCAGGGACCAGAUCCUCCAGAAUGUCAAGAUUGACCCCAGCACCCUGUCCUUUGAGAUGUGGAAGGAGAUCCCCAUCCCUUUCUACAUGUCCGUGUACUUAUUCCACGUGGUCAACACCGAGGAGGUGCUGAAGGGGAAGAAGCCUUACAUUCAGGAGCGCGGGCCGUAUGUGUACAGAGAAUACAGGCAGAAACACAACAUCACUUUCCAUGAGAAUGACACAGUGUCCUUCUUAGAAUACCGGACCUUUGUGUUCCAGCCUCACAUGUCCCAGGGCUUAGAAACCGAUUACAUCGUGAUGCCCAACCUGCUGGUCUUGGUGUCCUCCAUGAUGAUGGAACACAAACCCAUGUCCAUGAAGGUGCUCAUGAGCUUGUCCUUCUCCAUGUUCAGCCAGCGGGCCUUCAUGAACCGCACAGUGGGGGAAAUCAUGUGGGGUUAUCGGGAUCCUAUGAUUGAUAUGCUGAAUAAAUACUUCCCUGGCAUGUUGCCGUUUAAGGAUAAACUUGGCUUAUUUUCAGAGUUAAACAACUCCAAUUCAGGAUUGUUCACUGUGUUUACGGGGGUCAAAAACUUCAGCAAGAUCCAUCUGGUGGACAAGUGGAAUGGUAAGAGCAAGUUAAACUUCUGGCAUUCAGACCAGUGCAAUAUGAUUAAUGGGACAUCUGGACAGAUAUGGGCCCCUUUCAUGACUCCAGAAUAUAACCUUCAGUUCUACAGCCCAGAGGCUUGCAGGUCUAUGAAUUUUGAAUAUGAAAGGUCAGGAGAUUUCAAAGGUAUUCCUACUUUUCGAUUUGUGGCCCCUAAGACGUUAUUUGCCAACGGGUCUGUCUACCCACCGAACGAAGGCUUCUGUCCUUGCAUGGUGUCGGGAAUCCAGAAUAUGAGCACUUGUCAGUUCAAUGCCCCGCUUUUCCUCUCCCACCCACAUUUCUACGACGCCGAUCCGGUGCUGCUUGACUCCGUGAUUGGGCUCCAUCCCAGCAAGGAAAAACACUCCCUGUUCCUUGAUGUGCACCCGGUCACCGGGAUCCCCAUGAACUGUUCUGUCAAAAUGCAGCUGAGCUUGUAUAUGAAGUCCAUCCCCGGCAUUGGGCAAACGGGAAAAAUCAGUCCAGUUGUCCUUCCUUUGCUUUGGUUUGAAGAGCGUGGUGCGAUGGAAGGCCAGACCCUCACCACAUUCUAUAACAGACUGGUGUUGAUACCCAAGUUGAUGCAGUACUUGCAGUACAUCUUAAAUGCCCUGGGCUGCCUGUUCAUCGUCAUUACGCUCAUCCUCAUCAUCAAGAAUCAGAGGACACCCAGUGCUGCUCUCUCUGAAGGGCCAAACCCCAAAUCAGACCAGCUUCCCAGCUCCCAGACUCCCCUCCUCCAGGACGACCCCCAGGAUGGAUAGCCUACCGGCAGCAAGUCCCGAGUGACCUCUUCUGUCUGGCCAGCUGUAUGGCCAGGAUGUCAUCAUUUUACAUGUACAACCAUGGACACACAUGUUUAACGUGUGUGAGUGUGAGUGUGUGUAUGAGAAAGAGAGAGAGAGAGAGAGAGAGAGAGAGAGAGAGAGAGAGAGAUCUCAACUCAAAGACUGUCAAAUCGGGCAUUUGGGGUAGGUUUUAUGAGAGCCAGUCUGGGAGCACCUUGACACCUGACUUUUCAGAAAUCUACAUAUCCCCGGGUCUGUCCAAACCCCAGGCUCCUAAAGCUUCCUGGAGGUGUUGUCUGCCCCUCCCCUGCCCCUCUCCUUGAGCCCUUCUUUCCCCCACUCCCUCAAAAGGAGCCAGGAUGAACCAUGUGCUGCAAGUCCAAGUGAACCCAAGCUGAGAUGAGCCUUACCCCCACCCUCUGUCCCUCUCCUCUUCCCCUCCCCCAUGUACUAAUGUCCCUAGUGCCCUGGUUCUGGAAGCCAGAACUUCUACCUUACUCUAGCUUGCCCAGGUUGGACUCAGAGGCUCACUCCACAGAGACUAGACUUGCUGCUCCCCUGGGUCCUUUAUGGCCUGGGCACCCAUAGGGCUGAGACCACCACUGGUGGGCAUCCCCUGGUGCUGAAGGGCAGGACCAGUAGUCAUUUUAUCCUCGCCCAGGGAACUGGCCAGGUGCCAUCUUCCGUUAUGGAGUUCUCAUGAAUUGAGGUCCAGGGCAGAAGGUCCAGGGUCACCACCCUUUUGGGGUUAUGGUCUCUCUGGGGAGCAUUUUAACUUUUCAGGGUCUUCACACAGACAGGUCUGAUUUUUUAAAAAUAUUUUCCUCAUUUUUCAAUCUUCUAUUUUAACAAAUGUCUAUCCAGAGGGCUGUGGUCCUAGGAGAUUGCCCGUUGCAUUCUUGGGGACACUGGAAACCCCUCUCCUGACCCCUUCUUUCAGGGAAACAAGUCAGGGUUGGGGAAGAGAUCUCAGGACUUCUACAUCCUCUUCAGAACUGGAAAAAUGGAUGUUCUGGCUACCCUAGGGCUGGGGAAACAGCUUUUCUGCCCUCCUGGACAAAUGUCUGUCUCUUUUUUCACUUUUUUUCUACUAGAAAACAAAAUAAAAGAAAUUUCAUUCACUUUAAAA